AUGUCCACCAAAGUUCUCCUCGUCGUCCUCGUGAUCUUCGUCGCCUGCUCGUAUUCCUCCGAGGACGUCUCCUACGAUCCCGUGAAGCUGGACAGCAGAGGCAAGAGCUUUCAAACGCCAGAGCUCAAGUUAUCUCCUACCGGGCACAAGAAGGGCCCCCUGCCUAAGACGCCGCAUGCUAAAGUGAAGACGCAAGGGAAAGCGAAGAUGAGCGGUCUCAAGAAGCCGCGCGCGUACUCCAAGAGGGACUCCCUGAGUCCCGAGGCUCAGCUCCGUCCCCAGCACAAGGAUCAAGUAGCUGAAGUCCUGGUCGGAAAGGACACUCCAGCUGAGCUAGGGCAGCAAGUCAGGUUGUCUCGGACAACUCUGAAAGAGAGGCCGUACCUUCCUGACAAGGGCGCCGGACGGAUCACAGCAGUACAGAAGGGUGGGAUGAGCUGCAUGGUGAAGUUUGACGGAGACGCCGAGGAGUACCUGUUCAAUGUUGGGGGGAGUCUGAGAGUCUAUCCUGGAAUAUCAACACAAGAGAUUCCCACUCGGUCCAGAGCUGCCGCGAGCGUCUGCCUUGGACUGCACAACGAGUACGAACUGGCGAUCGUACAGGCCGCGGUUGACGGCCCGAGAGCAAGGGACAAGGGAGAUGAAGAGCAGGGCUCCGAGGCGAACUUGCCUCAGCCGUCUCAAUUCACUCCGGCUGGGCGGAAACCCUCGAAGCUGGAGGAGGAGGAGGAGGAGGAGGCAAGCCACAGAAUGAACGAGACGUUCUCGCCCUCCGCCGCCCUCGAGAAGUAUGCUGGGUCGCACGUAGCAGCGGUCUUCAGAGAUUCUCGCCUAGAGCUCUCGCAGCCGAGGAGGAGGAGAAGCUCGCACGACCAUUUCUUUUCCUCCCAGGAGACGCCGCACAAAGGGUCCGACGGCAGGAAGUUCCGACAAGACCCCGACAGCGACACGAGCGAGGCCGUCGAGCGAGACUUCACCGUCUCCCCGGAGAACAACGAGCCGGGGGAACUGCGAGCAAGGAUCAAGCUGCUGGAGCAGGAGAUCGAAGUUGUCAAAGCAGAGCUGUCGAAUUCCGAAUUCAACUUGAAGUUGGCCCACAGCGAACUUGAAAUCUUGAAGGCCAGGAACGAAACCAUGUCGAGACAGAGCAAACUGUCCCCAGAGCAGAAUCUGGCCGUCCUGAGUGCUGAGAAGAUGGAGAUCGAGCAGCAGUUCUACUCGCUGAACUCGAGGCUGCAAGUUCUGGAGAUCGAGCGAGAUCUGUUGAACAAGACUCUACAGUCCAGGAAUCUCGAUUUCGAGCUGUCAAACUACUGUGCCCACCAGCUGCAGUCGAGUGUCAACCGGCUCGAGUCAGAGAACGCUGCGAUCAAGAGGAUCCUGACGUCACUGCAAGUGGAACGACAGCACCUGCUGAGUGAGAACGCCGUGCUGAAGCAUGUCAAUGCUCGUCGAGCAGAGCCUGUGGUGAACGUGUCGCGAGCUCAGGUUGAGAGUGAUUCUGUUUGA